AUGAUCCGAGGCUUCAGCGGCGCUGAAAAGCUCUCCUACUCGACCGAAGUCCGAGAAUGCGUGAGAGAUCACGGAAGUUUAAGCCUUCACACGUUGGUCGGCUGUCCGCCAGUCAUGUUCUUCAAGAUUGGUCAGGUACUCGAGGCUGGUAAAGUUUACCUGGCCGGAGACUUGCCAGUUGAACAGUUUGAGCAAUUACUCGAUGGAGCUGAGAAGUUCCUCCGUGGCUGGGAUCCCGAUCAAGCCGUAUAUCCCACCAGCCACCAGGAAUGGAAACAUCUUGCCGAGGCAUAUAGACACGCAUGCUUACUUCGUGUGAUGCGGUUUCCCGACGCUUUCGCAAUCUCAUGCGACGACCCUCGGAUAAAAGCCUCUGUCUCUGCGGUUUUGGAUGUCUGUGCUACGAUACCAAGAGACAGCGUGUUCUACAAGCGUUUGCUAUUUCCUCUGUUCCUAGCAGGAGCCGAUACUUGCUCACCGCAUCAAAUACACUAUGCAAGCUGGUGUAUUAACGAAAUCAAGCACUCUACAGGCUUCCAGCACCCCGCCAUGACGGAGCUGUUGACGAAAGUCUGGGACGAGAGAAGGACGAAUCCUCGAGGCUGGUCUAACGUUCCCUGGAUGGAAUUUGUAAGCUCAUUGCUUGGUAUCUUUGGUCCGUACUGA